CGUUUGGAGAAGAUGGCGGAGCCGCUGUCGUCUGGUCCAGGAGAGGAGAAGGAGAAGGAGAUGGAGAAGGAGGACAGGCAGCGGGACGGCAGCGCUGCCACGGCCGGGAAGAGCACCUCGAGCCACGGGUCCACGGAGCCGCGGGUUGUCCGCGACGAAAAUGGCGGCAGCGUGGGCAAGAGACGGAACCUGUCAGACCUGUCGCUGGUCAGGUUUAUAACUACCGAGCUCACCAGAGGCUAUUUCCUGGAACACAAUGAGGCCAAGUACACAGAGCGCAGAGAGCGGGUCUACACCUGCCUGCGUAUACCCAAAGAGCUGGAGAAGCUGAUGACAUUCGGCUUCUUCCUGUGUCUGGACGCCUUUCUCUACGUGUUCACGCUGCUGCCGCUCAGAGUCAUUCUGGCCCUUUUAAGGCUCCUCACGCUGCCAUGCUGUGGCGUCAGUGGCUCCCGCCUGCUGCAGCCAGCACAGGUAUGUGAUGUCCUGAAAGGCUUCAUCAUGGUGUUGUGUUACUCAAUGAUGAGCUACGUGGAUUACGCCAUGAUGUACCACCUCAUCAGGGGACAGUCUGUCAUCAAACUGUACAUCAUCUACAACAUGCUAGAGGUGGCGGAUCGCCUGUUCUCCUCAUUUGGUCAGGACAUCCUGGACGCUCUGUACUGGACGGCCACUGAACCCAAGGAGAAGAAGCGAGCGCACAUAGGGGUGAUUCCUCACUUCCUCAUGGCCGUGCUCUACGUCUUUCUUCACGCCAUCCUCAUCAUGGUUCAGGCCACAACUCUCAAUGUCGCCUUCAACUCCCACAACAAGUCUCUUCUCACCAUCAUGAUGUCAAACAACUUUGUGGAGAUCAAGGGGAGUGUGUUUAAGAAGUUUGAAAAGAACAACCUUUUCCAGAUGUCUAACAGUGACAUAAAAGAGAGGUUCACCAACUACAUCCUCCUGCUCAUCGUUUGUCUGAGAAACAUGGAGCAGUUUUCAUGGAACCCUGACCACCUGUGGGUGCUGUUUCCUGAUGUAGUCAUGGUGAUAGCAUCAGAAGUUGCUGUGGAUGUUGUCAAGCAUGCGUUCAUCACCAAAUUCAACGACAUCAGUGCUGAUGUAUACGGAGAAUACCGAGCCAGCCUUGCCUUUGACCUUGUCAGCAGUCGACAGAAAAAUGCUUACACAGACUACAGUGACUCAGUGUCCAGGAGAAUGGGCUUCAUCCCACUUCCCUUAGCUCUGCUGUUGAUCAGAGUAGUGACGAGCUCAGUGAAAAUCCAGGGUUCACUCUCCUUUAUGUGUGUGUUGCUGUUUUACUUGGGGAUGAUUACUCUGAAAGUGCUCAACAGUAUUGUUCUGCUGGGGACGUCGUGUGUGUUUGUCAAAGCGGCCAAUAUGGAAGAAAAGCUCUUCGACCCUCCACCUUCUGCCACCUCCAGCCGAGUGAACUCCAGAGCGAACCGCACCAAACACGUGAACACGCCACCACAGCAAGCAGAAUCCACUGCAGACAAGGGAGGAACCCCACUGGCCUCAGACAACCCUCAGCCCAACACCACUGCUGAAAGCUCGCCCCCCACCUUUCCCAAGAGCGAUUCGGACACAUUCCUGACGACGCCCGACGAAGAGGAUGAUGACAAGAUCAUCAACACCGACACAGGACUGGAAGGAGAUGGACUCAAACCCAGAACGCCCAAGAAAGACUUGCUAGAGAUAGACCGCUUCACCAUCUGUGGCAACAGAAUAGACUGACGGCCACAGAAACCAGCCAGUGUCCUGGAAACACAGCAAGGUUCAGGGAUCAGACACGGGUCAUGGAGCGCGCUCACAGCGGACUUAUCCUCGUGCACCUGACCCCAGGAGUAUUUAUUUAUUUAUUACUGAAUAAAAACCAGCCAUGGCAUCAAGCUGUUACUACAAGCAACGGAGGCUGCUUCAGAUGUUUCCAGCUGGACCAGUUCCAUUUCAGGUAGACUCUGAGGAUGAGUCGCAGUCGUCAGGGCAACCUCCAGAAAUGGUCACUGGUGACAGCAAAGCAGAGAAGUGGCGUGCAGCACGGCUGGCGUCCAGCCUGUGUGAGGUGGUAGGGACGUGACAGCUUGACUGUGCGAGCGUGUGUUCAAAAGCACAAUGCAACAGUUUUUAGACUGAACAAAAAUAAGUGUCAAUUUUUUUAUUUUCAGAUGUUUGACUAAUUAAAAUAUUUCAAAUGAAGUUUUUAUGAAAAAUCUCAGACCUUCUUCCUAAAAUCAACCGUGUUUAGCUGCAGGAUUAGGACUCAUCGUCACAUUAACACAUUGUGGAAAUCAUAAAGUCGAUCUGCUGACCCCAACACUCAAUUCACAUUUUUAUUUGAAUUGAAAUUUUGUGAUGAGCCCAGAUGUUCAUCACGAUAAUGAUGGGAGCAGCUUCAGGUUACACAGUCCGGACACAGUCGACUGGUUCGGCAGAUAUUUCUAUUUAAAGAGAUUUUUUUAAUUUUCCAGUACAGUCCGUGUGUAAGCUCAUCGCUCAAGCAUGCAGCCUCGAAUAAUCAUUUCAUCAACAUCGGCUUAGAGCAAUUUCUAUAUUGGAAACUGUGAACUACAGAAAUGUCUCGGUGAAGUGCGACCUUGUGCUUGGUCUCAUUUAAAAUUCAUGGUGUUUGACAUCAGCAUCAAUUGAACAUAUUUUUCAGUUUUCACUGUUAUCUUCAGAGUGGUAUGAAAAGUAAAAAUUACAUGUAUGCAUGUAAAACUGUCAAAUCUAAACGAUAAGAAACAGGAUGGUGGAAUCAUGUGUAAGCAGUGAACUCAGCAGUUUUCAUUUUUCCAUAGAGCUGAGCAAAAGCUAAAAGCAGGUUUGUGCCCUAAAGGCUGUUGUUGGUAUUGUUUGAUGUGGUGAUGCUGGCUUUGAAUUUGAGAAGAGGCUCUUAGGAAACAUCUAUGUUCCACAAGAAGUCUGACUGUUAAUGCUGUGAAAACCUGCUGCGCUGUGUAAUCAACUAUGUGUAUCCAACAACUCUAUCUGCUCUGAAGUACCGGGCAAAUGUUAAGUUCACCCAGUCUCUGGUUUUUGCCUCUCAUGUAUCAUUGUUACAUACAAACUAAAAUGGAAAAAAGACGCCGGCGGAUCUGUUAACAGAUUAACAAGAUCUUAAAAUGAUUCGUUGUUGUGAUGAUGGGUGUGGAACCAUCAGCUUCUUAUCAAGUUGCUGAAUAACAAGGUUUUUCAACAAUUUUCAAGUUGCAGCUCUUAAAAAUCCUCCCUCAAUUUUUUACUUAAAGUUUUUUUAAUAGUUCUACACUUGUUGCCUACGUUGCUGUUAUACACAGUUUGUAUACAAAAUAUUGUGUCUACGUUUUCUGAAGAUGGUCUUGUUACCAGGGAUGAAUUAGAGUUGCUACUUCUUUCUGUCUAAGGAGAGGGAUGUAGAAAGGGUUGAUUCUCCUCACUCAAGUCGAAGGUAAAUAGAUGAUGUCACCUGUUAAGUCAUAUGAGGCAAAAUUGUGAUUUGCUAUACAAGUCAAAUUUGAUUAAACUUGGAAAUAGAUGAUAAAGGUCUUGCAAAGCAUUAAAUCUUAGUGUUAGAUCAAAACCUCUUUAACCCAGGAACAAAUUAUGAAUUAGUUUCCCACCUCGAACUUGUCAUCCUGGAAAAUGUAUGUUGAUUAUCGACAUUGUGCAGGAUUCUUUAUGCUAUGGAUUUAAUAUUUUUUAAAUCCAUAUGGUCCUAAAUCUUCUUUACGAACCUGAGAAGAGAAUAUUGUUACUGCGUUGCUCGGCAUUUAUCCUUCAGGAAAAUAGUCUUACCUCAGCUGUGACUCAAAUGUGCAGGUUGUUCAUGAGAGGCACAAACCGGAGAUCAGUCCCACCUCUCUAUGGGAGGACAUUCAAUACAAGAACAUAACUGCAUAUUUACAAAUGAAGGAUCAAGAGUGUGUAUGUGUCAUGAUGGCGUGAAGUGUGUGUGUUUGUGUGUGUGUGUGCUUGCAGUGCAUGAAUGGUUCUCACUACUUGAUGUAUGAAUCAGAUCAGAUCACGAUCCAUCUGUGUAAAGCAUCUCCUCACAUGGUAGAAGGAGAAUAAAAACUUUUUUUUUCUAA